AAAAAAUUUAAUACCAAUUAAUGCAGCAAUAAGUCACCACAGUUCACACAGAUAAAUUCAAAGCCAUCGGUCCCUAUUCAGCUGCUAAAAUUAUUGCUCCAACAGCCCAUCUAGUCUUUUUGUCAGGUCAAUUGGGUAUUGUCCCUGAAUCAGGAAAUCUCAUUUCUGAAGACGUAGCAGAAUAGGCCACUCAAGCAAUGAAGAAUGUGGGAAUCUUGUUAGAAGCAGCCAAGUCUAGCUUCAAGAAUAUUGUCAAAUGCAUCGUUUAUCUAGUUGAUAUGGCUGACUUUGCAAAGGUGAAUGAGGCCUAUGCUAAAUUCUUUGAUGGCGAUUAUCCAGCCAGAGUUUGUAUUGCAGUCAAACAAUUACCCAAAGGAGGUUUGGUAGAAGUAGAAGUCAUUGCAGUUUAAGAUACUGAAUAAUGAUGAAUUAUAUUGCAUAAAAUUGUAUAAAAAAACAAUAUGAGUUAUUUUUAUAGAA